AUGGGGUGUGCGCCUUCCCACAAUGACAUUGUCCAUAGCGUUGCUAAGAGUGGCAUCCAGUUUUUUAAAAAGCCCAAAGCAAUUUUGCCAGGACGUCAAGGGGGCAGUGAAAGAUGCUCUGUCCCUCUGCUGGUUCCAGGCUCCACCUGCUAUGACUCUGGGGGAGAGCAACCGGGGGCCAGGUGGACCCAAAGCCCAGCUGAAGGUCUCUAUCAGCUCACAAGAGAUCCUACUGCAGGCAAAGGGGAAGCUAUGGAAGGACCGCCCCCAGAAACCCAAACCUCCCGAUCCCAGCCGGACAAAUCACAAAGCCACAUGGCCAAGGACCUUCCAUCCAAGACACAGGGCUCCCACGCGUCACAAGGUGCAGCCUCUUCUGGGGAAGAGAGUGAAGAAAGGAAUACCCAGCCAAGGAAGCUGAGAUGCCUCACGUGUGGCCAACAGGGCCAUUGCUGCCAAACCACCCUUCCUGCUCAUGAGCCUGACAGUAAAGUGGAUUUCCCUGAGCCCCUGGUGAAGGCCCACCAGCACGCCUACACCUACCUCCACUCCUGCCUCUCCAAAUACGAAGCCAUUCUGCGCAUCACCCAUCAGGCCACCCAGACCCAAGCGCUGCUGCGGCCCAUGGUCACCUUCCUGCUGCUAUGCUUCGAUGAGAUCAACCGGCUUUUGGGCGAGAUCUCCAAGGAUGGAGAAAUGCUCCUCCGGGAAGUUCGGGAGGAUCUGGCUUGGCCGUCGAGGAGCGGAGACCCCCGGGCGCAGCCAGGUCUCCUGCCACAGCUUCUGCAGCACACAGUCAGCAAGCUGCUGGUGCUCAGGGGCUCGGUGGCCUCCGUCACCGGCAGCUUCCUGGAGGGCUCCCGCGGUUACCACCAGGCCACCGCGAGCCACUUGGGAAAUAAGCUGAGUGCACAUAGGGGUGUGGACGAAUGCCUCCUGAGGGCUCUGGGGCAACUGGAGAGCUUGGCAAGCGGCCACGGGGACCCUGAGAUGCAGGGUGUGCCCUUGUGCUCUGAGGACAGUGGCAUCGGGGCGGACAACGAGUCUGUGCAGCUGGCAGACAAGCUGGGCAAACAAGGCAGCUGGGACUCGGCAGCAGAGCCCGCAGAAUGGAAGCUGGUGCUUUCGUCCACCGUGGAAGCCGGGCUGUCGGGACAGAGCUGGCAGCAAAAUCCUUUCCGGACGGGUUCAGACGGACCCCAGGACUGCUCCCUCUCUAGGCCUCUGACAGCAAAGGUUCAGCUGGUGGCACAGGGUGAAGCAGGUGACCCAUGUCCCUCGAGCACAGGCCCGGAAACUACAACCACCAGGCCUCUGGGGAUGGGCAGAAGCACUCCGGGUGAUUCCCUUGGGGUUGGGAUCUCCAUGGAAGCACGUUUUUCUAAAGGCUCCGGGGUGAUGGACACUCCCUCCCUCAGUGAAGGGGAGGACAAUAGCCGAGAGGAGGAGGAAGACCAGGUGAGCGGCAUGAGUCCGUGUCCAUGGCAGGAAAACUCUUCCCCUCCAAGGCCACGCUCUUCACCUGGUGGCCCAGUAGGCCCAUUUCAGCCACACCCCAGGAGGCUCAGGAGCCCCCAAGCCCAGGAAAUGAUUCUGAAGAUGAAGGAAGCAAUCAGCGAAAGGAUCAAGUUUGUCCCUGUGCCUUCUGGGCCCCAGGACUGGGCCGACGAGGAGGAGAGGAGGACAGCGGUCUCCCCGAGACCCAGCACUGCCUGUGGCAGCAGCAGGACCCCUGUGAGGCAGAGGAGGGCCCAGUCAGAGGGGUGUCUGGAGAGCCAAGUGGAGGACCCCACCCUGCAGGAGCUGCGGAGGGUCCAGAGGGACCUGAGCCAGAGGCUGGAGGCAUUUUACACCUUGGGUGCGCGACAGCAGUGGCAGAGCCCCGAGCAGGCUCCGUGGCCCCGAGCAGCGGCUCUGAGGCCCGACACCUGCAGGGGCACCCCGAGCAACACCAUCAGCAAGCUGAAGGCCUCCCUCACCAAGAACUUCGUCAUUUUACCAAGUCAGGACAAAAGCAUCUUGCAGAAAUGCAGUCCCCGCCCUGAGAGUGAGCAGGCCCGGCAGGGCGGGGCUGAGGGGCUGCCAAUCGCCAUCCCAUCGGGUGAGAAGGCCAGUGAGGCUCCUGGGGCUGAGGACUGGAAUGUCAGGGGCUGUUCCACCAGAACAUCGGUCAAGAAACUCAUUGAAACUUUCAGUCCCACCGAGAGUUUGAGGACACUGGGGGAUUCCAAGGAUGCUGGGCCGAGCCCCUGCCUCAGGAAGUGGGGGAUCCCCAUCAUACCUCCCAGAUUUCCCAUUUACAGGGGGCUUGCCCCUUUGUAUCCAAAGCCCCGAAUUUUUCCAGCAGCAAGUGGAGAAUCUCUCAAGCUGGGCCCAGGCUGGAGGCCCUUAGCUCCUGUUUUCCCCCCUCUGCUGACACCAGAAGCGUCCAAGAAGGAGGACCUCAAUUUCAACUGUGAAACAGGAGAGGACCCAGAGCAUCUCCCGCCACCGCCUCUGGAAAUCCUGAUGGACAAGUCGUUCGCCUCUCUGGAGCCCCCAGAGAGCAGCACACCAGCCGGGAGCUCUUCCAAAGGGACCCGUGCGCCAGGGCUGGGAGGGGCUGACCCUGCCCAGAGAACGUGGGCCUCCCCAAAGCUAAGAGCCUCCAUGAGCCCCACUGACCUGCUACCCAGCAAGAGCACGACUGCCCCCACCAGGCCCCACAGCACAGGGCCAGGGGGCAGCAAGAGCGGCUGCAGUACCCGAAAGCUCACCUGCGACCUGAGCCACCUGCCAGGAGCCAGCAGAAACCCAGAGGUGGAAGGUAGAGGGGCUCAGAGUCAGGCCCCCGCAGACAGGGCCACCAGCCUGUCCAAGCAUCCCCAGAAGGCCACCCCCUGGCACCACGCCAGCCACAUAUCUGGGCAGAACAGGACCUUGGAACCCAGCGUGGCCAGGCCAACACAAGGGCCACAUUCUCCUGAGGCCUCCAGGCAGAGCCAGGAGAGAAGCCCCCAGCUGGUCAGGAAGGCCUCUUCCACAAGGGGACACUGGACACCCCGAGCAGACAGGAGGCAGCCCUCCUGUCACAGACCUGCCCAGCCAAGUGUUCCCUCUGUGCAUGGCUCCCCCAGCCCGCCUGUCAGCCCUCCGGUAAGCUCCACGGUGCUAAGCUCCGCAACGAUGAAGGAAGGAGCUUCCCCCCCACCACGGCACAAGCCACCCAACACUCCCCCCGUGAGCCCACCCACACAGCACAAGGCCUCCAGCCCCCCUACCCAGCACACAGAAGCGAGUUCCCCUUCGUCUGGCCCCUCUCCCUCCCGCACAGCGUCCCCUGCUCAGGGGCACAAGCAGACAAGAGAUUCUGAGGACAGUCGGGCAGCCACAGCCAAAGCACCUGGGAACACACGUUCCGUGUUCUGCCCAGCCACCUCCUCUCUGUUUGAAGCUGCCCUCAGAGUCAGGCCACCUUCAACAGCCCACCCACACACCCCACCAUGGCUGCCCCCUGAAGCUGGCGGCCCUUGGGGGACCCUCGCAGGAGGCUGGAGGAGCUCAGGGCCACGGCCGAGGGCGGGCUCACAGCGGGGCACGGCUCUGUGUGCCCUCAACCCUCAGCCCUUCAUCAGAAGGACGGCUUCCGACCGCCGGCCAAGUGUCCACCUUGGGCUGCCUGUCCCCGGUGCCACCAGCGAGGCCUGUGAACCCGCACUCAGCAGGAGCAGCAGCAGUGAGGAGAGCCCCAAGAAGGACACAGAGCCAUGGCACAGCCCCUGUGCCCCAGAACUGCGCAGUGGAGGCAAGGGCGCACCUCCCCCAGAGCUCUGCGUGUUGGGCCACGGGCUGCAACGGGAGGCCAGGGCCAGCCGCGCCCAGGACAAGCCUCAGCAGAAGGAAGCAGCCUGACAGGCGAACGAAUAGGUUUACGCAGAUGCCAGUCACCCCAGAAGGCGAUGGGUGACAGCCAAGCAUCAGACUGUCCCAUAGAGGGGGGGCCAACCAAACUCCUACUCCUAGAGAGAUCUGGAAGGUGCACUGCCCAGAGAGUCUGCUAAAUUCUAAACCUUCGCCAUUUUCAGCCCCAGAUUCUGGUUUGUCUUGGGGUCCAAAGGUUAACUAUAACUUUGGACCCCACGGUGACACUCUUUAAUCCUUCAAAUACUGGCCUUAAUUUAGGGGAAAAAUGCAUUUGUCGAAUGCUUGGUGGGCUGGGGGCUUCAGCUGGGUUAGUUUCAUGAAGUCAUUUAAUCCACACAACAAAGAAUGAAGCAGAGAGCAUCCUCCUGGUUCUGCAGAUAAGAAAACCUAAGAGCCGGUUUCGCAGAUAAGAAAACCAAAGCGCCCCUUCCCCCCAAGCCCGAAAGUGUCUUGCCUGAGGUCACACAGCUAGGAAGAGGACAGAGCAAACAUUAGAACAGGUGUGCCUGGCAGCAGAGUCCCUUGUGUUUCGUUCCGUUUCAUUGCCCACGACUGUCCCAUCUCCAUCUGCCUAAAGCAAACAGAGUUGUACAAAUGGUUGGAAAGCGUUGGGGUUUUUCUAAGGUUACGUAGUGGCACCGCAUUCAAGGCCCCAUCGAGAGCUUUGUUCAGAAGUUGGCUGCUCCAGAGACAGAAGACUGGAAUUUAGACCCACACCCUCC